CACGAGCGGCGGGCAGCGCUGCUCGCAGUGAAGGAACGCGGUGGAGCAGCGCAGUCCAAAAUGAAGGAGUGCGUCUGGAAGCUUUGACCGAAUUGAUGAAGAGCGACUGGCAGCGCUGCCUGAAAUGAUGGAGAGCGGCGAGCAGCGCUGCAGCAGCUGGUAGCUAGCGUCUGGAGCUGGCAGCUGGAUGAAUUCAUAUUUUAGAUCUAAGUUUGAUUUCUACCAAGCCAGUCGUGGCCUGCAAUAACUUCGGCCUUCACCAUGGAACUCAACAUAAGAGAUAACCAAAUCAGCAUGGUGUACUUGGUCGGUGCACCAAUCUUCGUGUCCCUGCUGCUCGUUCACUUCUACUACUGCUGGCUGAGUGUACGCGAGUGUCACCGCUCAAGGGUGAGAGGGGAGCAUCGUCUGCUGCUCUCGCGCGCCCACGCGUCUGUAGUACUGCAAGUUGAGGUCUUUUGACAAACGGAACGGUUCGGCUGAAUGUGACUCAUUCAUUAAACUGGACUUAUCGCCAAACUGGGGGGGUCGGUUCUUAUCUUUCAUUCUGAGUUUGCUUGAAAUGCUGUGAAAUGUGGUAAAUUAAUAUUUAUAUAGUUCUGAUUUGCCAUAUUAAUACUAAGAAUAGAUGUACUUACAUUAUAUUAUAUAGCGGUUAAAGUCAUUAUGUAAAUUUCUG